AUUAACUUAUAACCUCAAGGAGAAGACAUGGAGUAUUUUAUUCGUUUUCACAUCUUAUUGUUAAUUUCCUUAACCAUGGAUCAAAUGGUUACUGGGCUGAAAUCUUUCAAAGAAAGAGAUAAGAUUGAAUUAAGGAGAGAGCUUGAUAAGAUUACCCAGGACUUGUUGGUGAACAAAGACCCUUUUUACCACUCGUAUGUCUUUAACUCUGGAGUUGGAAAUAGGGAGAAGCUGUCAGUUGAGUGGAUGAGACAAGACCCAUUGCUUGCUGCUGGAGAAGCUGUUAUUGGUUGGCAGGCAAAGUCAAACCGAGGCCAGGUUCAUCUCCUGGGCCGGAAACAUUCCUCGAUCACGUUGGUAACAGCGCCAACUCAACUGUCUGCCAACAGAUCACUUCAAUUUCAACAGCAUUCCUUAAGUUAUGCAGCCAAUGUGACAAGUACAUCACUAUUCACAAGAUGGAACCCAGAAUCUUCCCAGCCGGAAGUGGUAGUUGUAGUGGCAUUAGACACAUCUACUGCUGGAAUAUGUAACACAAUGGUCCCGCUAUAA